AUGCUUGUUGUGAUUGCUGGAGAGGCCACUCAAUUUUCAUCCACACGUGCUCAGAAGUACAAAUGCAGAUUAGGACGAGCUGGGCUUUCGGAGAAAGAGCGAAUACUUUUUGCUGGAGCAGUUCUGGGUGUUUUGCCGAAGAAGAGACCUAAAUACAACUGUUAUUUGGAACUGCCUGCUUUGCUUUGGGUCACUAGCAUUAAGCUUUACUCUCAGUAUCUAGCAGCUUACGGUCCAACCAGCUCUGGAAGGGAACGCUGGGAAGUAGUGGAUGCUACCUUUAGAUCGAAUGAAACAAGUCAAGUGAUGCUCGAAAAGGCUAUCAAGAAAAUGCAUCAAAAGAUCUCGUCAAAAUCCAUGUUCUUCACAGGGUCUAUCUUGGUCAUCCUCUUCUUAGCAAAUCCGGCGCUAAAUUCUGGCGUUUUUCGUCACAACACUGCAGCUUUUUAUGGGGACCUUUUAUAUCAAAUUUUUUCAAAAGAAGAAGCUUUGUGUUUGAGAGCUUGCUAUGAAGAAAGCGAAUGCGCAUUUGUGGAUUACCGAGAGGAUGUUAAAGCCUGUUCAUUGUAUAGGCAAGGUAGCACAUCCACAUGGGGCGGAUACAUACUUUACCGUGAAGAGACGGAUGCAUCGUGCAUUACAGAAAUGGCCAGUAAUUUUCGUCGUCUCUUUUUUGGAGAAAUCUACAACACCACUGGUUACUACUUCCUGGAUGCUUAUGCAUUUGCGGACUACUGCGUUGCCAUGGGACAAUGCUUGGGUGCAGACAAGAUUCAAGAAUAUGAAGACGAACAAGGCAACUUUUAUUAUGAAAUGCCUGGAAGAUCUGAUCUGAAUGACUCUGGAUUAGGUCAGACGUUUUUCAUCGCAAAACGAAUAUAG